AUGAACGCUUCCUUAGGUUUUAUCGAUAACCUUUCGAUUCACGGAAUUCGCCACGUUUUUAAUGGAAAUAAAUUCAAAAGAGUUUUUUGGAGUUUUGCAAUAUUUGGAUCUGCUGCAUUUUUGAGCUUUAACAUUUUUCAACUUCAUUCUAAAUUAGAAAAAACACCAGACAUUAAUGUGAGAGUUGGACAAAAGUUUAUCAGUAAUAUUCCAUUCCCAUCAAUUACAAUAUGUACUCCGUUGUUUGCCACGAACCGUCUAGUUCCGUACUUUAAUAUAUCCAGGUUUAUGAGGCAAAACCAUAAAACUAAAUUAAACUUAACAGUUCAGGAACAAAAUUAUUUAGCAUCAAAUAUUCAUGCUUGUGUACCAGAAAUCGCAAGUGUUUUACAGCCUCAUGUUCAGGAUCGAACAAGAAACGAUAUCGUAAAUUUGCUUGAUGAAAGUUUCUUGUCAACUCGCGACACGAUUUUGUUCUGUGGAUAUAAGAAUAUGCCACAAGAUUGUACAAGAACGUUCUAUCGAGUCCUUACCGACAGAGGAUUUUGUUUCUCAACUAAUUUACAAGGAUUUAGCACAAUUUUUAACGAGAAAGUAAUCAGCCGAGAUUUCAAUAGCUACAAAAAAUCAACGAAUUACACUUCCGACGAUGAAAUUGAAAAUGAAACAACUCAAUGGACACUGGAUAAAGGAUACAUAAGCAAUCAGAAAACAGAUUUACUUCCAAUGAAAAUAACUAGGGGACCGAGUUAUGGAUUCAAUUCUUUUUUGAACGAUUCUGAUCCAACAAAUAUUUGUACUGUUUUUGGAAAUAGCUUCAGCUAUUACAUCCAUCUACCAAACGAAAUUAUGCUGCCCUUUCAUCAGGAACACGUUGUAGAGUUUAGAAAAAGAAAGGAUGUCUAUUUAACUGCAAUUUCCUACACAGCUGAUGCAGGAAUGAGGAAGUUUUCUCCAAGAUCCCGUGGAUGUUACUUUGAAGGUGAGAAGCAAUUAAAGUUCUUCAAAACUUACACAAAAGCGCUUUGUGAAUUUGAAUGCAUGACAAAUUAUACAUUGAGGAAAUGCGGCUGUGUCAAAUUUUCAAUGCCACGUACAUCCGAAACUAAAGUUUGUACGGUCGAGAAUUCUGAUUGCUACUUUGAAGCUAUGAGUAUUUGGCCAGACCAUGAAACAUUGCCAGAUCGCUUUGAAGUGACAUGUGGAUGUUUGAAAACCUGCAAUAAUAUCAAAUAUGAAGUUAAGUUUGAAAAACUUUCUACAAGUGAGAAUGUCAUGACAGUCUUUGAAUUAUUGAAGCUACCAAAAGAGUAA